UAUAUGCUUAGAAAAUAAAAUCCAUUUCUCUGUCGUCACCACUGAGCCAAAUGACAACUGUUUUUCCAUUAUUGAGUUCUCCCUAAAUUUCCCUCAGCUCACAUACUACGCCACCCCCACCCCCAACCAACACCCCCAUCACAAAAACAGAAGCAAAAACAAACAAAGUUACAAUUUUGAUUUAAAAAAGUGGUAUUUACAGCUAAAUUUAUAGCUACAGAUGGAGGGUCUGAGAAUUUUGAGGAGCUAUUAACAUGGCUGAUGGCCAACAACCACCAUUUUUUAUGAGGUAUGAGCAGCUAAGCUUUUGAAUAAAGAAAGGGGCCAAUAAAAAACUUGUUUUAUACUCAUCCAGCAAGUUACUACUUGUAUUUAUUAUUAUUGUGGAGAGAGAAGAAGAAGAAGAUUGAUUGUGUCGGUGCUUUUAAGAUAUUUGCCUUUUCAUUUUUAUUUAUUUUAGGAGAAUGAAAAAAGAAUUCCUUUUUAGAAAAUCAACGUAGAGUAUCCACAACCGCAUCCCAUAACCUUUCUUCACUUCCAGCUUUUGCCUUUUUCAUGGGUAUUCUUUCUCUCUCUGUUAUUCCUCCUAGUCAAGCUCUAGAUUACAGGGAAACAAAAAAUUUGUAAUUAAGCCCCUGUAUUUUCCCAUAAUUAUAGAAUCAGAGAGAAAGAAAAGGAAGAUAUAGAGGGUAAGAGGAAGAUGGAGGUGGGUGGUGGGGGUCAAAGUGGAGGAGUUGCAAGUUCAGGGGGGUGUUGUGGCGCUAAGAGAAAAAACGAAAGGCCUUACAAAGGAAUAAGGAUGAGGAAGUGGGGAAAGUGGGUUGCAGAAAUUAGAGAACCCAAUAAGCGUUCGAGAAUUUGGUUGGGCUCGUAUUCAACGCCGGUGGCGGCGGCACGGGCUUAUGAUACGGCGGUGUAUUAUUUACGCGGGCCUUCGGCCCGGUUGAAUUUUCCUGAGUUGUUGGGUGGUGAUGGUGGGCUUAAUGAUUUAUCUGCUGCUUCAAUUCGUAAAAAGGCCAUAGAAGUUGGUGCCCAAGUUGACGCGGUACAGAAUUCACUUGCAACUCAUCACGACCACGACCACGACCACGAAGAAAAAGUGCAGCGUGAGACUGCAAGCCCGUCUGAAUUGAAGCCAUGUUGGUUUCAGGAGAAGCCCGAUUUAAACAAGAAGCCCGAGCCCGAAGACCCAGAACUGGAUUACUGGUAAUAUUUAGUUACAAUAUUAUUACUGAUAAUAAUAGUAGUAACUAUGCUAGUGUAAUUUUUUUUUUUUUGUUUUGGGGAAGAGGGGGUGCAUUGGUAAGAAUACAAGCGCCGCUCCAGAUUGUCUUUAUUCCUAGCUGGUAGCCUAGGAUUGUUAUAUUCUCAAAAGUAUCACCUCUUUAUUUUAUUUUUUACUUCUUUUUAAGAAAUUCUUGAGCUCAAACAGUUUUGAUGUUGUAAUAUGUAAAGGUGAUUUGUGUUAAUAUUUUGUCUUUCGCAA